CAGUAAUGAACAAUUCUCUAGAAUUUGCAAUUGCUCAAAAAAAUUUUAACGCAACUGCUAAAAGAGUAUAUUAUUCGUACAAUGAUGUAUUCAAAGAUGUAAAUGAUAAUAAAGUUGACUACGGAGUUAUCAACACUGAUGUUUUGUUAAACAUGGAUUAUAAAAAUGAUUAUUCUAAUGUUGUUCUUGUGCAGCUUUUAAACGCUUUGUCGCCAAUACUCAUAGUUUUUGGUAUUGAGACUUAUCUCAUGUCUUAUGCAUAUCCAUCUACCGCCUUACAAAAUGACGAUGUUUUGAAUUGCAUAAGAAAAUUAAAUGUAAAAGAAAUACUUAAAAAUAUACAAGAGAUUUAUGGAAAAAUUCCGAUAAUCGACACUGAAGAAAAACAAAAAUUUACAGAUGUUUGGAAUGAAAGUUACAUAAAAUACACAGCAAUAGUCAUUUUAGCUUUGAUUAGUGUUCUUGUUUUUAAAGAUAUUGUUUAUUUGAUUUGCAAGGUAUAUAGGCGUCAAAAACACAAAAAAGUUCACAAUGAUUCCGAGUUUGGUAAAACUAACGAUAUUUCUCUAAAAAAUAUUUCGAACUGUAAUUUAAGUUACGAAAAGUUUUCGGCAGAUAAAAACGAUAUUCUUAAAGAAUUUUUAAUAAUCAAAGAACAUAUUCAUUUGUUAAACGCAAUGCGUAAAGAAGAAUGCCGAGUUUGUUUGAGACCAGACUCCUAAUUUUGUUAAAAACAAAAAUAAACAAAAAUAUACUCAAUAUUUUUCGGGUUUUUUAGUUUGACAUUUAGUGU